AAGGAGGAGAAGGAGGAGAAGGAGGAGGAGGAAGAGGAGGGGGAGGAGGAGGAGGAGGAGGAGGACGAGAAGGAGGAGAAGGAGGAGAAGGAGGAGGAGGAGGAGGAGGAGGAGGAAACUUCUAUUGUAUUACCCUUGAAAAGUCUUCUAAUCGUAUGA